AUGCUCCAAACUCUCCUGUUCGUAUUUCUCAUCGUGCUUGUUCUUGUGCUGAGUGUUUUCGCCUUCCUUUACAUUAUUCCAGUUCUACGAGUCUCGAAAGCUAGACCUCUCAAAAUCUAUGAAACCAUUCAUGCAUUACCAUUCAUUGGACGAACCUUCCUCGCCGAUUACUACAUGAGCCGAUUAAUCGGAUUUAUGGCUCCCUAUACCGAUAAUAUUCGUCCCAUCAUUGAAAGCAUGGAUGAACACGAAACAGUGGUCCGUAUCACUGAAAAAGCCUCCAUGAAAAAUCCUUUCAAUUCCAUCCAUGCAGCUGCAUUGGUCAAUUUGGGAGAUUUGGUUUGUGGUUUGCAAGUGACCAAUCAAAUUGCUCCGAGAAAGUUGCGAGCCAUUCCAGUGGAAAUUUGUGCAGAAUAUUAUAAGAAAUCGCGUGGACUGAUUCGUGGAACGUGUCGAGAUGUGGUUCCUUUGGAGUUGAGUCAAAUGGAAAUGUACAGAGAGAGACCUUCGUUUCGAGUCGUGGCUGAGUGUAGAGAUGAGAGUAAUGAAUUAUGUGCUUUGAUUAAGAUGAUUUGGAGUGUGGCUCCUCAACAACAACAAUCAUCGAAUCAGGAGAAGAAGCAAGAAUAA